AUGAAAAAUCAAAGUAAUGAAACAUCAUCACCUAUGCGACGAAAUUUCAUUUCUCAGCCUGAUAAUUCACAGUAUCAUCAACUUGUGACCAUUGGUAGUAAAAAUAGUUUAAAGUCACAGUUUCAUGACAUGAAUCAAAAUACUUCAUAUUUAACAGACAUGAAAGAAGCUCAAACUCCUUCCAGGAUAAUUUCACAAUGUGAAUAUGUUAUUCAAGGAUUCUUUUAUGAUCAUAUGAAUUUGAAAGAAAAUGAAACAAAUCAUAUUACAGAUGGGAUUGUUGGUCAGAUUCAUGGAGAUGAGAAUAAAUAUCCUUUGAGGAUAAAGUCUACUGUUUUUGCUGAGAACAAUUUGUCAAAUCAACAUACCUUGAUAACUAAACAUGGUUCAGUUGUCCAUACAAAUAAUUUACACAUUAUUGAUCAAAAUAAUAGUUAUGCUACUGUCUUCAAAUGCACAUUAAUCAAUCCUGUGACAAAUAUAACAAUUAAUCAUUUAUAUAAAAGUGACGAUUUUCACCAGAUCACUUUCAUAAAUUGGUUAAAACUAAUUAACAAUGUAUUGUGGAUUCUUUUACUUGUCUUACAAAUACCAGUGAUGAUUAAACUAAAAAAGAUUUUUCCGAAAAUUUUGAGGCUAAGAAAUGGAUUGCUGUUUGUUCACAUAAUAGCCAUCAAUCUAACUGGUUGGUUUUACAUGGCAUUCAUAGGGACCGAAAAUUAUCUCAGACAUUAUCGUGAAUAUAGUCUGAACAAAACAUAUGAUAUUAGAAGUACAUCAGGGAACUUUAAUAAAUUACCGGUUAUGAGGGUUAUGCGAAGUUCAGUAGCCUAUCUUCUGAAUUAUGUCGCUCAUUCACAUCUUCUGGUUGUAGUUCUAAUUUGGAUCAGUUGGAACUCUCGAAGACUGAUUAAAAAUCUUCAAGAUUCUGGCGAUACGCACAAGAAAAAUCGUCUUGUUCAUUGGGAAAAAGAAAGCUGUUCAUUAACACCUAUACAUCAUGUAAAUGCAGUAAUUUCUUCUUCAGUUUCGCGAUCAACGUCAAUUUUCACUAACCGAUUCUAUCGCCGUUGUGAAAGAAAUUCUUGUAUCUGUGGGUUACUCAGUCUUUUAUCUGUGAUCAUCUGUAUUAUAAAUUUGUUUGCCUAUAAGUUAAGUGAAUAUCGACAAAUAGUUUUGUGUAACUUUAGUUACUUUCUAAUUUUAGUAUUUACAAUCUCACAAAUAAUUUUAUUAGUUUAUUCUUCAACUCAUAAUGUUCGAUCAAAACGAAGUUCAACUUAUCCUCGUAAUAUCUUAAAAAAUUUCAAUUGGAUAAAAUCAAACCUACUAUCUUUUCUACUUUUAUUUCAGUUAACUGGUUCGAUAUGCUUUAAUCUAAUGCAAGUUAUUGAGAUUCUAAUAAACCUUACCGAUUCAUUCACCCAAGAGUUUGAUACUUAUUCUUCUUUUUUUAAUACAUCCAUCGAAAGUAAUUCAUUGUCAAUUCGUGCCACUGAACAGACUUAUACCACUUACCAAUAUCAUCAAAUAUCCCAACAAGAAUUAUUUUUAAAAUACUUCAUUCUUUUUACGCUUUGCUUAGAAAUGAUCGAAAAUGGUAUUGAAAUUAUGUACAUUCCAUUAAUCAUGGUAAAAUUCUUUAUACAUCGAAUUACCAAACCAACAUUUUUUACAAUGUUAAUGAUUAGUUUGAUUACAAAUCAAUUUUGUCUACUUAUAAUGAAAUUUUUUAAUCCACAAUUACUGAUUUUAGAAAAUGAAUAUGUUUUGAACUGUUUUCCUGACUAUCCAAAUGGUCAUCAUAAUAUGACAAACAGAAAUACUGCCGGCAGUAUAAAUAAUUCCCAUGGUGUUACUCCUGAGGUUUUAGUUACAAACACUAAUACUAUUACCACUAAUGAAACAAAUUUUAUUACUACAAACAAAAUAGUUGAGGAGAUUCUUAAUCUUGUACAGUUUUCCAUAAUUCCGAGUAAUUGGUGGUAUUGGACGUUUAUUAAACAAUUAAGUCUGUCCGUUUGUUUUAUAUUUCGUCAGUCAAUGUUGAUAUGUUGUUGGUUUUUGUAUUUAACUUAA